AUGGACAUGGUUAAUGCAAUGCUUGACCAUUCUGGUUUGCCUGUAAAUCUUUGGGAAUGCAACUCUCAAGUGAUUGUGAAUGAAGUUGGUGUGUGUUACAAUAUAGAAAAUGAACCUUCCAACAUUGAAGAAGCUAUGAGAUCUAGGGAUGCCACAUUUUGGAAGGAAGCUAUUGAUGAUGAAAUGGAGUCCAUUAUGUUUAUUAACACAUGGAUUCUUGUAGAUUCACCUUCCGGUUCUAAACCCAUAGGAUGUAAAUGGAUCUUUAAGAAAAAGAUGAAAUAUGAUGGAUCCAUUGACAAGUAUAAGGUUAGAUUAGUAGCCAAAGGGUUUAGACAAUCAAAGGGCAUUGAUUAUUUUGAUACAUAUGCUUCUGUGGCUAGGAUUUCUUCAAUAAGAACUUUGAUAUCUUUGGCUUCCAUAUCUAACCUUGAAAUCGAUCAAAUGGAUGUGAAAACUGCAUUCUUAAAUGGUUAUUUGGAUGAAGAGCUCUUCGAAGAAAAACAAGUUGUGCUCUCUGUAAAUGUUGUCCGGACACUACUUCUGGCUGUCCGGACAGGAUGUGCCAAAACAUAA